AUGGCCGACAACAAGGUAUGGGCAAAAGAGCAAAGUGCACUGCUUGAAGAACUAAAGGACAAGCCGCUACACCUUGCUGGAGAUGCACGUUGUGACUCUCCAGGUCACACUGCCCUCCACGGAACUUACGCCCUUAUGGACACAUCCAUAAACAAGAUUGUGCACUUCGAAGUAGUGAAGCCAACUGCUGUAUCAUCGAGCUACUGCAUGGAGCAGAAAGGCCUGGAACUUAGCUUGGAGCACCUUGUGUCUAAGGGCAUGCGAAUUGACACUCUUGUCACGGACAGGCACUCUCAAGUGAAGAAGUACCUUAAGACGAGGCAUCCCAGUAUCAACCACCGUUUUGAUGUGUGGCAUGUUGCAAAAGGCAUCAAGAAGAAGAUUGCAGCAGCUGCGCAGUCCAAGCGUCACCAUGUGCUCGGAAGGUGGUGUGAAAGCAUCAUUCGUCACUUGCACUGGUGUGCUCGCACCAGGACGGAAACGUACCAAAAACUUUCGAGCAUCCUGCGAGCAGCAAACUUCAUCAAGGACAUCCCCCAGCUUUCUCCCACAGAGCAGACUUUUGGGUUGGAGACGUACCACUCUGUCCUGAUCCACUUUGCACCAAAAGCAGUCAGCUUCUCAGACACUUACAUAGAUGACCUCAAUGCAGCAGUCCGUGAACGGGUCACCCAGUUUCCCACCUCUGAUGCUGCGAAAGCAGCCCUUCAGGAGGUUUCCCUACCAUCCAGAACUUCCAGCUAUGGGGAACGUCCAGAUCUGAGCUCGGUCAUGGCAUCACAGCACACGAGGUUUGGACAACAACGAGGACUUGGAGGUGGAGAUGUGCAGCAGCACCCAUAG